AUGAGGGUCCUGGCCUGCCUCCUCGCCGCUCUGCUGGGGAUCCAGGCUGUGGAGCGGCUGCGCCUGGCCGAUGGCCCUCAUGAGUGUGCCGGCCGGCUGGAGGUGUGGCACGCGGGACGCUGGGGCACGGUGUGUGACGACGGCUGGGACCUGCGGGACGCCGCGGUGGCCUGCCGGGAGCUGGGCUGUGGGGGGGCGCUGGCCGCCCCAGGAGGUGCCUUCUUUGGGGAGGGUGCCGGGCCCGUGUGGCUCAGCGAGCUGGCCUGCCGGGGCGGAGAAGGGCGGCUGGGCCUGUGUUCCCACCGCGGCUGGAAGGCCCACAUCUGCUCUCACGAGGAGGACGCAGGCUUUCUCUCCACAGGCCAGCGGGUGGCAGGGAAUUCCAGGGACGGGUCAGCCUCCCUCCUGGAUGGGGAUCCGUGGCCAGCGCUGGCCAGGGAGUUCAGCCUGGAGUCCGAGGUGCCCCCCGCAACUCCUGCCCCCCGCCCGGCUGGGACCCCCCAGAACAGUGGUGGCUCCCGCAAGAAGACCCCUCGGCCACCCAAGCAGGCCAAGUCCACCAGGGCCCCUGUGCUGACCUCUGGGGCCCCUCGCCAAGGGGACCUGCGGGACGCCGCGGUGGCCUGCCGGGAGCUGGGCUGUGGGGGGGCGCUGGCCGCCCCUGGAGGUGCCCGUUUUGGCCCAGGCUCGGGGCCCGUGUGGAUGGACGAUGUGGGGUGUGGAGGUGGAGAGCAGGCUCUCCGUGACUGUCCUCGUAGCCCCUGGGGUCGGAGCAACUGUGACCACAGCGAGGACGCGGGACUGGUCUGCACUGGACCCGCUCCCCGGCUGCGGCUGGCCAACGGCCCCCACGGCUGCGCGGGGCGGCUGGAGGUGUGGCACGAGGGACGCUGGGGGACCGUGUGUGACGACGCCUGGGACCUUCGCGACGCUGCUGUCGCCUGCAGGGAGCUGGGGUGCGGGGCUGCACUGGCUGCCCCCGGAGGUGCCUUCUUUGGUGAGGGGUCCGGGCCCAUCCUCCUGGAUGACCUUCGCUGUCGGGGCAACGAGACCGCCUUGAGGUUCUGUUCGGCGAGGGCCUGGGGCCAGCAUGAUUGUCACCACCGGGAGGACGCCGGGGCCGUGUGUGACGGUAUGCCCCUUGGCUAUGUGCCCUCCACGGCCCCCACAAUGGGCCACAACAGUUCAGCCUCCAGGGCUGUGCCGCCCACCAGCCCCCCGACCCCGUGGACAGCUGGCAUCUCGCCCCCUGCAGCCUCGCCUCCGGACCCUCCUGAGCCCGGACCAGCAGCUGGGUCACCCCGCCUGCGGCUGGUGGCUGGACCCGGCAGGUGCUCAGGUCGCCUGGAGGUGUGGCACGCCGGACAGUGGGGCACCGUGUGUGAUGACAGCUGGGACUCGAGGGACUCAGCCGUGGUCUGCCGCGAGCUGGGCUGUGGAGGGACGCGGCACUCCCAUGCUGCAUCUAUUGGGACUCUGACCAGCAGCAGUAGCCGGUCACCACUGGGCGGACAAAUCAAAGUAGACACCAUCCCCCGCUAUCUGGUUCUUCUGGUGUCAGGGCAGAUGGGCCGGACCCCUGGCCUGGACUCCAUCUCAGAUCCGUUCAGUUGGAGCUGGAUCCCUGAGCUCGGCAGAGAUCGGGAUGCCUGGCUCCCUGGGGAGCUGACCACAAAACCCUCUGCAAAGGUGACCCCCAGUGCUCCCGAGAAAACCACCACUAAGGCCUCACGGAAAAUGCCCAAGAGUACUAAGAAGUGGAUAACGAAAAAUGCAAGAAGACCAACCACUCAACCUCCCAUGAUGCCAACCACUAAACACGCCAGGGGCUUGGGGACCCCAAAUCCCCUAGAAAUAACCUCACGGACCACCACAACCCAGACCACUAAGGCUUCCCGAAGACCACCCUCUGAGUUUACCACAAGGCUGACCACUGAGGCCCCCCACAGACUGACCUCAUCCACCACUGCCACGCGUAUGCCUCAGUCUUGCCAAGAACCAACCUCUAAAACUUUGGCAAUGCUGACCACUCAGGGCUCCCCAGAAAUGACUUCUGAUGCUACUACCAAGCAGAUCCCUCAGGCCUCCGUGGACCCAUCCUCUGAGAUCCCAGCAGCGGGAUCUCCAGAGUCAUCCAGAGAUGCCACACCCUCCCCGACUGGCACUACCAGGAAGGAAUCAGGCCCCUUCCGGGUUCGUCUGGCCGAUGGACCCAACCGGUGCGCCGGCCGGCUAGAAGUGUGGCAUGCUGGACGCUGGGGGACAGUGUGUGAUGACAGCUGGGACCUGCGGGAUGCCACUGUGGCCUGCUGGGAACUGGGCUGUGGAAGGGUCCGGCCCCGAGUGGGCAAAACCCACUAUGGCCCAGGGACCGGCCCCAUCUGGUUGGAUGACGUGGGCUGCAAGGGCGGCGAGGCAUCGCUGAGCGACUGCCCCGCUGGGCCAUGGGGAAAGCACAACUGUGACCAUGAGGAAGACGUGGGGCUCACCUGCACUGGCUACACGGACGCUGAGGAUUAUCCCCCCUGGACCUGGGACCCCACCUCAGGAGAGGACCUAGCCAAAGGGACCACCGCUGCAGGGGCACCUGGACAAACUCUCUCCUGGGGCACCACCAGGAGCCCAGGGGUACCUUCUCCUGCAACAAGGCACCUUCCGGACAGAGGUGACAAGGAUGAUUUCGACACGUCCUGGACGUGGCGCGCAACUUCUAGAGGGGAGCUGACCCCAGCGACCCCCACCGCAGGCCUACCUGGACUCACUCUCACCACUGGCACCAGCAGGAGCCCAGGCCACCCCUUCCCAACCCCAAGAGCCCAUGGGGACACAGGUUCCGGCAGGAAGCCGUGGCUCGAGCGCCGACUGCACCCCACUGCGGCCAAGACGGUCCCCCCGACCCCUUCCCCGGCUCCCGCCACCUCCCCGGGACAACCGCUGACCUCCGACUCCACCCCCCAGGUGACCUCUGCGCCAUCAGCUUCAGGGCGGGAGGUCACCUCCCACCCUCCUGCCACCUCACUGGCUCCUGACCCGGCCUCCUGGACGAACCCUGAGCGCGCCUCCGCAAGUCCUGACCUUGCUCUGCCCACGCCCGGCCCCACUGUGGGUUCAGACCUGACCCCGGCGCUCUCACCCACCCCACCACCCACCCUGCCCAAAGAGCUGGCCUCUGACCCGUCCGCGCCUGCCGAGGUGACCAGCCUUUCCCCUACCUCAGAGCCCACUCCAGAAUCUGACACAACCCCAGACUCGGACACAACUUCAGAACCUUCUGGGUCCCGGGACCCCUCCAUAAGCCCUCACCCCACCACCACCCUUCACCUCCCCACCACUCACUCCACCACAACCCUAGGCCCUACCAUAACCUCUCACCCCACCACCACCCCUCCUCCCACCACCACUGCUGGGCCCCCCCCUACCACUGCUGGGCCCACCACCACCCCUUCUCCUCCCACAACCCCUUCUCCUCCCACAACCCCUUUUCCCACCACCACCCCGCCUCCCACCACCACUGCUGAUCCCCCCACUUCCCCUCUUCCCCCCACCACCCCUCCUCCCACCACCACCCCUCAUCUCACCACCAGUGCUGGCCCCACCACCACCCCUCCUCCCACCACCACCCCUCAUCUCACCACCAGUGCUGGCCCCCCCACUUCCCCUCUUCCCACCACCACCCCUACUCCCACCACCACCCCUCAUCUCACCACCACUGCUGGCCCCCCCACCACCCCUCCUCCCACCACCACUGCUGGCCCCCCCACCAGCCCUCCUACCACCACCACUGCUGGCUCCCCCACAACCCCUGUGAUCACUACUAAGUUCCUUCCAACCCCCUUGGGCACAGAGCUGCCCUCUCCCACACCAGCACUGAUGGUAAAGACCAGCCUGUUCCCCCAGUUGACCUCUGGGGGGGCUCUUCACCCCUCCAUAUCCCAGAGGCAAAGGCUAGAGCCUUCUCCAUCCUCACAGUCCAACCCCCCUAAGCCUUCUGCAGCGCCAAGCAUGGACCCACUGUCCACUGAGGACUUCCAACCACCCAGAAGCCAGAGCCCCAAACUAACCCCUCCACCUACACAGACCCCACUCUCAACCUCUGACCUCCCCCUCUUCCCCAUGGCCCAGCCCUUGGAUCAACCUCCCCCUGACCACCUCUCUUUAGGACCCACUGCUGGUCCCAGCCCUGGGCCUCUUGGCCCAUGCGCGGCCUCAGCUCCACCCGUGAGAGUCAUGGCUUGUGAGCCGCCUGCUCUGGUGGAGCUGGUGGCUGCGGUGAGGGACGUGGGUGCCCAGCUGCAGAGGCUGACCCAGGCCCUGGAACGGGACCAGCAAGAGCACCAGGCCCUGCGGCUGGGGCUGACCCAGCUGGUGGAGGCCACCCAGGGUCUGGGACAGCUGGGUGAGGCUGUGAAGAAACUGGCAGAGGUGGCCUGGGCCUCCAGCACGUUCUCACCAAUCACCACCACCCAGGAGGAGAGGCCCCUGAGGGGAGAUGUGUGA